CAGAGGCAGGGCUGCUCCCCCGGGGGCGGAGCCGGUCCCACUCCCACACACCGUCCCUCGCACUCUGCAGGCUGGGGGUCGAACCAGCGCCUCGGGAAAGCCCCCUGGCUGGUGCUGGUUCUCUCUGUGGAGGCAGGGAGCGGGGCCCACGCCCGGGACGACGCUUCCAGCGCUGGGGGCACUGAGGCGAGCCCCGCCCGGGAAGAGCCCUCCGGAUGGGGCAGUGAGGGCCAGAGGACUCUCCCCAGGGAAGUCCCUGCAGCUGGGGCCCAGAGCCGGGCGCCCACGUGGGCCGAGCCCUCCCAGCCGCGCGGCGUCGCCAGGAGCCCGCGGGGAGAAGGGGGGGAGGGGGCAGCGGGUCCGCCCGAGCAGACGCGCGCGGUCCAGGCGAGGGGGGCUUGGAGACGCUCCCUCCGUCCAUCGCAGCCAUGGCUCUGAAGGACACGGGCGGCGGCAUCCUGCCCAUCAGUGACAUGGGCUCCGCCGCCGCGCCGUCCUGCUGCCCCUUCCCCGAGGUGGUGGAGCUGAACGUGGGCGGGCAGGUGUAUGUGACCAAGCACUCCACGCUGCUCAGCGUGCCGGACAGCACCCUGGCCAGCAUGUUCGCCCCGCGCCGGGGCAGCCAGGCGGCCGCCAGGGAACUGCCCAGGGACAGCCGGGCGCGCUUCUUCAUCGACCGCGACGGCUUCCUCUUCAGGUACGUGCUGGAUUAUCUGCGGGACAAGCAGCUGGCCCUGCCCGAGCACUUCCCGGAGAAGGAGCGGCUGCUGCGGGAGGCCGAGUACUUCCAGCUGGGGGAGCUGGUCAAGCUGCUCUCGCCCAAGGUCACCAAGCAGGGCUCGCUCAACGACGAGGGCUGCCAGAGCGACCUGGAGGACAGCAACUCGCAGGGCAGCGGUGACCUCCUGCUGCGGGCGGGGGCCGGGGGCACGGCGGGGGCCGGCCUGGAGAAGCGCUCGGGCUUCCUCACCGUGGGCUACCGGGGCUCGUACACCACGGUGCGGGAGAGCCAGGCGGACGCCAAGUUCCGCAGGGUGGCCCGCAUCAUGGUGUGCGGCAGGAUCGCGCUGGCCAAGGAGGUGUUCGGGGACACGCUCAACGAGAGCCGGGACCCCGACCGGCCCCCGGAGAAAUACACCGCCCGCUUCUACCUCAAGUUCACCUACCUGGAGCAGGCGUUUGACCGGCUCUCGGAGGCCGGCUUCCACAUGGUGGCUUGUAACUCCACCGGCACCGCCGCCUUCAUCAACCAGUACAGGGAGGACAAGAUCUGGAGCAGCUACACCGAGUACAUCUUCUACAGACCACCUCAGAGAACAGUGUCUCCCAAACAAGAACAUGAAGAACAGAAGCACGACAAAGUUACAGACAAAGGAAGCGAAAGUGGGACUUCCUGCAAUGAGUUGUCCACCUCUAGUUGUGACAGCCAUUCCGAGGCCAGCACUCCUCAAGAAAAUGCUGCUAGCACUCAACAGCCAACAGCACACCAGCCAAAUACUCUCACAUUGGAUCGUCCAUCAAAGAAGGCCCCAGUGCAGUGGAUGCCACCACCAGACAAACGCAGGAACAGUGAACUCUUUCAGACUCUCAUUAGCAAGUCCAGAGAAACAAAUCUUUCCAAAAAGAAGGUAUGUGAGAAGCUGAGUGUUGAAGAAGAAAUGAAAAAAUGUAUUCAAGAUUUUAAAAAAAUCCACAUUCCAGAUUACUUUCCAGAGCGCAAACGGCCAUGGCAGUCUGAACUCUUACAAAAAUAUGGGUUAUAGUUAAUAGCCUCUUUCAUGAAGUUUCUCUGGUGCAUUUGAUGUUUAUUAAAGUUGCCACUAUCCUACUGCGUCCUCCUUAUGGUCCA